CCUCUCUCUUCUUUUCUCUCCGUCCUCUCUCUUCUACGCCACGACCCAUUCAAACUCUGGCAAUUGACGACUAAGGAGAUGCGCCAGACGAUUGAAAACUCGACGAAGGAGAUUUGGCGCGAAUCGAUUUUUGCAGUCCGUUAACUCAGCAUCGCGCGACAAUUUGGGGUUUUUAUUCUUUCUCUUUCCGACCUGUGGAGGUUGUGGUGAUCAUUUAAAUCUCUGCUCCCACAGUUCAACAAUGGCUUCUUCACUCACUCUUCUAAGAAGAGUUGUCGGUGACGUGGUUUUAUUCAACCGACUCUUGUUCCCCGAUAGAGUCUGUUCAGUGGCUCCCUCUAUAACACGCUUCUACAAUACUAACACUCAGAUGACCACUUAUGAUGAGCAUCAUCGGAUAGUCGAUGUUGAUCGCCGUUCUAAUAGUUUCGUCACUCGGCAUCAUGACAAUUUUCCAACUUUCUACUCUGAUGCCUUUGAUCCCUUCUUUCCUGAUAGAAGUUUGAGCCAAGUCCUGAAUAUGAUGGACCAGUUUAUGAACAGCCCUUUCAUGCCUGCUGGCCGUGGAAGGGGAAUUGGCGCGGAAGUUAGGAGGGGAUGGGAUAAUAAAAGUAGAUAAACGGUGACCUUCAAAUUUGAUAACAUGUGACUAAAUAUAAUUUGUUAACAACAAAUUUGAAAA